ACAGGGACCUUACAAAGGUUUGUGUGACCUAAUAGUUUGACUUGUCAAUACAUUUUAAUGUCACACAGUCAUCCAAUUCAGUUACCAAACACAUGUUUUAUCUUCUGACCUAAACAAAUGACCUUUUGAACUUACAAAAAGGCUUUCACAACAUCCUCUUGACUGAUUAACAAAACAUUAAAAGUUAAUCUCAGGAGUGGUUCCUGAAUAGAUGGUUGGCUGUGAUUGGUGGUGAUUCAACAUCAGAGGUGGGGUUCCCUUUUAACAUCAUGCUAAAUGGCAUUAUAAAUCAAGCAUUACAAGUUGUACUCUGUGGCUAUCAAUACCAGACUGCUGUUUAACCAUGGCGAAGCGAUGGAGUGUCACAUCUUCUUUGGUUCUAGCACUGCUAGGAUGCUUAGUUUGGACAGGGGCAGCUACUCAGGAUUCAUGGCAGAAGCCCACACCAUCAGUGUCAAAGGUCGCUCCUCGUCCGCAGACACAACAGGUCUAUCAACUUCCUCCAAAGGGUCCUCAAUAUCCUCAAGCGCCACAGGUCGAGGCGCCACAACUUCCUCAAGCUCCUCAACUUCCACAGGCUCCAAAAUACCCUCAGAUGCCUCAAGCUCCACAACAGCCUCAGGCUUCAAAAUACCCUCAGAUCCAAGCGCCUCAACAGCGUCAGACUCCUCAAUACUCUCAGACUCCCCAGGUCCAGGCUCCACAACAGCCUCAGGCUUCAAAAUACCCUCAGACGCCUCAAGCACCACAACAGCCUCAGGCUCAAAAAUACCCUCAGAUCCAGGCUCCUCAACAGCGUCAGACUCCUCAAUACUCUCAAACUCCACAGGUCCAGGCUCCACAACAGCCUCAGGCUCCAAAAUACCCUCAGACACCUCAAGCUCCACAACAGCCUCAGGCUCCUAAGUACCAUCAGACGCCUCAAGCUCCACAACAGCCUCAGGCUCCCAAAUACCCUCAAUACCCUCAAACUCCACAGGUCCAGGCUCCACAACAGCCUCAGGCUCCUAAGUAUCAUCAGACGCCUCAAGCUCCACAACAGCCUCAGGCUCCUAGGUACCAUCAGACGCCUCAAGCUCCACAACAGCCUCAGGCUCCUAAGUACCAUCAGACGCCUCAAGCUCCACAACAGCCUCAGGCUCCUAAGUACCCUCAGACGCCUCAAGCUCCACAACAGCCUCAGGCUCCAAAAUACCCUCAAUACUCUCAAACUCCACAGGUUCAGGCUCCACAACAGCCUCAGGCUCCUAAGUACCAUCAGACGCCUCAAGCUCCUCAACAGCCCCAGGCUCCUAAGUACCAUCAGACGCCUCAAGCUCCACAACAGCCUCAGGCUCCUAAGUACCCUCAGACACCUCAAGCUCUACAACAGCCUCAGGCUCCUAAGUACCAUCAGACGCCUCAAGCUCCACAACAGCCUCAGGCUCCUAAGUACCAUCAGACGCCUCAAGCUCCACAACAGCCUCAGGCUCCUAAGUACCAUCAGACGCCUCAAGCUCCACAACAGCCUCAGGCUCCUAAGUACCCUCAGACGCCUCAAGCUCCACAACAGCCUCAGGCUCCAAAAUACCCUCAAUACUCUCAAACUCCACAGGUUCAGGCUCCACAACAGCCUCAGGCUCCUAAGUACCAUCAGACGCCUCAAGCUCCUCAACAGCCCCAGGCUCCUAAAUAUACUCAAACUCUGCAGAUCCAGGCUCCUCAACAGCCCCAGGCUCCAACAUACCGUGAAAGACCACACGUUCAACCUGUCUCUGCUUCAUGGUAUCCUCAAAACCCUCAAGCACCUCAGUUUACUGGAAGUCCUAGAGGAUUUCCUGAUUUUCAGUCAGGGCUGCAGGAUCCUAAACCACAGCAACCAUAUGGUCAACAGCAACCAUCUGAGCAACAGCAACCACCUCAACCAUCUCAACCAUCUCAACCACAUCAAGGAUAUAAACCGUCUCAACCAUCUCAACCACAUCAAGGAUAUGAACCAUCUCAACCACAUCAAGCAUAUCAACCAUCUCAACCACAUCAAGCAUAUCAACCAUCUCAACCACAUCAAGCAUAUCAACCAUCUCAACCACAUCAAGCAUAUCAACCAUCUCAACCACAGCAACCAUCUCAACCAUAUAAACCAUCUCAAGCACAGCAACCAUCUCAACCACAUCAAGCAUAUCAACCAUCUCAACCACAGCAACCAUCUCAACCAUAUAAACCAUCUCAAGCACAGCAACCAUCUCAACCACAUCAAGCAUAUCAACCAUCUCAACCACAGCAACCAUCUCAACCAUAUAAACCAUCUCAACCACAGCAACCAUCUCAACCACAUCAAGCAUAUCAGCCGCAGCAACCCCAUCAACCACAGCAAUCACAACAGAGUUGUGAGGUGGCAGACAGUCAGAAAGUCCCUUGUGGUGGUCCUGGUAUCUCUGCUGCUGCUUGCGGAGCCAUUAGCUGCUGCUUUGAUGGUCGACAGUGCCACUUUGGAAAAGCAGUGACUGUCCAGUGUACCAAAGAUGCCCAGUUCAUUGUGGUAGUGGCCAAAGAUGCCACUCUGCCUAACAUUGAUCUUGAGACAAUCUCACUGUUGGAAACAGGUCAGGGCUGUUCACAUGUUGACUCUAAUUCUGGCUUUGCCAUCUACCAAUUUCCCGUCACUGCCUGUGGCUCUGUUGUCACGGAGGAGCCUGGUGUCAUAAUCUAUGAGAACAGGAUGUCCUCCUCAUAUGAAGUUGGAGUUGGGCCUCUUGGAGCCAUUACCAGGGACAGCUAUUAUGAGUUGCUCUUCCAGUGUAGGUACACUGGCACAUCUGUUGAAACCUUAGUUGUACAAGUAUUUCCAUUAGACAAUCCUCCUCUACCAGUUGCUGCUCUAGGACCAAUCAGAGUACACCUGAGGCUGGCUAAUGGACAAUGCUACACCAAGGGUUGUAAUGAAGCGGACGUGGCCUACAGCUCUUACUAUACAGACGCAGACUACCCUGUGACCAAAGUGCUGAGGGACCCUGUGUACGUGGAGGUUCAUCUUCAUGGCAAGACUGAUCCCAACCUCGCCCUCACCCUUGGGCGCUGUUGGACAACCACAAGCCCCAACCCUCACAAUCUGCCCCAGUGGGAUAUUCUGAUAGACGGGUGUCCAUACAGAGAUGAUCGCUACUUGUCAUCACUGGUUCCUGUGGGCCCCUCCUCUGGUUUGGACUUCCCAAGUCAUCACAGGCGAUUUGUUUUCAAAAUGUUUACCUUUGUGAACCCCAAUUCAAUGGAACCCAUGAGGGAACAGGUCUACAUUCACUGCAGUACAGCGGUUUGCUCUACUGCUACCGGCCACUCCUGUGAACCAUCAUGCUACAGAAAAAAGAGAGAUGUCGACGCUGUGGCCCAGGAGACAGCUGAACCAAAGGUUGUGGUUUCUGUCGGACCUGUGAUCAUUGCCGCUCCUGAGCAAUAAACGCCACAGAGUUAAGACCAAUAACAUGGAUGAGAACAUGAUGUGAAAGAAUAGGAACAUUACUUAACCCCCUUUUUUAGUUAUUUGUGGUAUGUACAUUUUGUUACAUUUGCAAAAGACUAGUGUUUAAGUUGUGACAAAGCUUCUUCAACGUUCUGUAGUCAAAUUUUUCUUAUCCUCAGUAAAUUUAGUCUCUGUUCAUCUUUGUUUGCAAAGAAUUGAUUAAACUGUACUAUCUGAGGCUGUA